GAGCUUGAGAUUGAGCAACAAUGGCGGUACUUCCUACUGAAUUGAUCAUUGAAAUUCUCUCAAAAUUACCCGUUAAAACACUUCUUCGCUUUCUAUGCGUUUGCAAAUCUUGGAAUUCCUUAAUUAAAUCCCCCAAUUUCAUCAAUAUCCACCUCAAUCAAACCUUAAUUUCUAACUCUGAUCGUCAUCUCCUACUAUUUUACCCGUCUCUUCGAUCUGCUGAGCUCGACCUCCACUAUAAUCAACUCUCUUUCUCUGAAAUCCACCACCCUUUGCAACCCCACAAUUUAAGCUUGUUUGGUUCCUGCAAUGGCAUUGUUUGCCUCUCCGACAAUUCGAAUAGUGAUGUUGUCCUGUUCAAUCCUCUUACUAAGUCUCAUCGUAAGCUGAAACUCCCAUCUGUUAGCAUUUCUGCAGACUACAUUGUUAAGUUUUGAGUGGUUUGGGUUUGGGUACGAUAGCGGAAAUGACGAUUACAAGAUACUUAGGAUGGUUCAAAAGCAUAAAAAUGACACGAUUUUCAGCAACGAAGCGAAAGUGUAUAGUCUGAACAACAAUUCAUGGAAAUGUGUCCAAGGUAUACCAUAUUAUCUCUUCUAUAAAGAUUUUCAUGGUGUGCUUGUGAAUGAAGUUUUACAUUUUAUAGUUACAAAGGAGUUGGAUUUUCAAUGUCAGUUGAUUGCUUGUUUUAAUCUUAGUACUGAAAGCUUCUCGUACAUGGAGUGUACUGGUUAUGAUAAGGAGUUGAUGAGGACUGAGAGGCUUUUGUCGGAAUUGGGUGGAUGUUUGUGUGUGGUUGUUACGUAUCAUGUUCGGGAUUCUUGUAUAAUGGAAGAGGCUGAUUUUUGGGUGAUGAAUGAGUACGGAAACAAAGAGUCUUGGGUUAGGUUGUUUAGUAUUAGUCUGCCAGGAAAUAUUGGGGCUUAUCUACAGAUAAAGCCUCUAGUUUACUCCAGAGAUGGGCGAAGAGUUUUGUUGGAGAUUGAUAGUUUGAGACUUGUUUGGUAUGAUUUAGAAUCCAACAAAGUUGUUGGUUGUUGCAAAGCUCAUGGACUGCCAGACGGAGCUUUGGAGAUGACCAAGUUCGUGGGCAGCCUUCUUUCACUUGAAGUUGAAGAGAAGCUCGGUCAGGAAAAGGGAACCUUGCCAAGGAAGAACAAUUUAAAGGGAUAUUCUUACAGCUUACUGUCUGUCUGA